GCUCAUCAUUCAACCUCUAAGGGCGGUUAGUCAUGUAUGGAGAGCAAGAAAGCCCUUGUCAAUGGUCUUAGACGGCAUCGAUCACGGUGUUGAAGGUUAUCCAAGUGAUGGACUUCAACUUGCUAUGUGUUUUAUCUUGUCUCUUGAUUACAUCGUCCAGGAUAACACAUUGCCUAUCGGUACUAUCAUUGUCACCAGUGACCUACGGUGGUACCACUCCAUGAGUCAACUCUACGGUAGCCUUGAAGAUAUCGUACAACCCAUCCCCAUUGACUACUACGAGCCCCAAAACACUUUGACGAGGAGUUUCAGUAAGCAUGAGUGGAUCGCUCUUAGAAAGCUACGUCUCCGACUGCCUCAAAUCCUUCGGGAUGCAUUUCCUCUGAGUCCGAAAACUCGCCAGAACCCGGUCAAUCUUUGGGGAAUAGUUGUUCACCCUUCUAUUAUGAGACGGGAUGCGAGAAUAAGCGUAGUGUUGAUGAAGUUUCUGCGAGAAAAGAGAUUGAACGUGGAAGAAGCAGCUGCGUUGCUAAGCGCCACUCUGGAGUGGCGUGAGCACGUCAAUGUUGAGGCCGCCUCCAAAAUAUACUAUCCUGAUUUCAACGCUUGUUAUGGCAAGGACCGGGAAGAACGUCCGGUAAUAGGAUUGUUCGACGUCAGGAACAGCAAAUGUAUUGCCAUAAUGGAGCAAGAAUCGCGUCUUCUCGACUUUGAGACGGUUGACCAAGUGAUUCAUAUCCAUGGCAUAUCUACGCUGCGGGACAGGUCUCACAAAAACUGCAAGACACUCAAACAUUAUCCUGGACUGAUCUACCAAACGAUAUGUCUCGACAGCUCCUCGACUAUUAAUAGCGGGUAUGAGAUACUCAAGGGACCUGGAGGCAUUUGUCCAUGCGGCAGGGGCGAUGCCUCUAGCUGGCUGGGGUCGAUGAUAGCCACAUAUACAGCCUGUUGCGCCUUGACGGAAACAUUCCUAACGACCCGCCUUCCCCGAGGACACGCCGGGGGAUAUCAAGACCCGGAUGCGGACGACCACGACCUUGACUACACCUUAGAAGAGAUAUUAUCCGACUCUCCCGUGGUUCUUCGGGACACAGAUAACCCUGCUACAAGACAUCGGUCGACUAGUGCUGGCACCACGAACGUCUCGCUGAGUGGCGGUAGUGCCAGCGGUUCUCCGAUGCAAAUCUGUCGAAGCCUGCCACACUCUCGAAACCCAGCAUUGAUUGCCUCGACGACUGGUAGUCCAAUGAGAAUAUCACCCACCAGCCCUGUUCUUGUUAUGACCAGCGAGUACGGCGCCAACCGUGACGCACCACAAAAUGAGGCAGCUAUCGCUUCUAGCCUCCCCGUGAGCACUCCGUCCACAUACCCUAUAAAUGCACAACGCGAAUGGGACGACCUCACGUCACGCCGACUUUACUCUGACAACACACCUGCAUGGCCUACUCCCCAUGAUACUUAG